GGGUUCCUUCCUGGUGUUUUGGAGAGUGCCCGUUCCUUGUUACCUGUUACCCCCUUAGCGAGGGGGCUGGGGGGGGGGUUAUUGUUGGUUCAGUGGAGCGAGAGGGGGAAAGGGUUCGGGGUUCAUGGACUCCUCUAUCCCCACUCGGUAACCUCGGGGUUUCUGGGAGCAAAGCUUCCCUCAAAAGAAGGAAAGGGCGCCCGAAAAGGGGUUCGCCGCUGACUGAGUGCGGCCCUCUCCCCCGCUGUCACCAUGCCUGUGGCGGCUCCGAUCAUCAGCUCUGUGCAGAAGCUGGUGCUGUACGAGACUAGAGCUCGUUAUUUUCUUGUUGGGAGCAAUCAUGCAGAAACUAAAUAUCGUGUCUUGAAAAUUGAUCGCACCGAACCACAGGAUUUAGUUGUUAUUGAUGACAGGCAUGUCUAUACCCAACAAGAGGUGAGAGAGCUGCUUGGUCGCUUAGAUCUGGGGAACAGGACAAAAAUGGGACAGAAGGGCUCCUCUGGAUUAUCCCGCGCAGUCUCUGCUUUUGGUAUAGUAGGCUUUGUCAGAUUUUUAGAAGGAUACUACAUUGUGCUAAUUACAAAGAGAAGAAAGAUGGCAGAUAUUGGAGGACAUGCAAUAUAUAAAAUAGAAGAUACAACUAUGAUAUAUAUUCCAAAUGACUCUGUACGAGUGACUCAUCCUGAUGAAGCAAGAUACCUUCGAAUAUUUCAGAACGUGGACCUGUCUAGUAACUUUUAUUUCAGCUACAGCUAUGAUCUAUCCCACUCUCUUCAGUAUAACCUUACAGUUCUGAGGAUGCCUCUUGACACACUAAAGGCAGAAACAACUCGAACGAGGCAGGAGAGUUUUGAUAUUUUUGAAGACGAGGGACUUGCAACUCACGGUGGAAGUGGUGUUUUUGGAAUUUGCAGUGAACCUUAUAGGAAAUAUGUGUGGAAUGGUAAACUGCUUGACAUAGUCAAAACCACGGUUCAUCGAGACUGGUUGUUGUAUAUUAUUCAUGGAUUUUGUGGCCAGUCAAAGCUGCUCAUUUAUGGUCGUCCAGUGUACGUCACCCUGAUAGCUAGAAGAUCAAGUAAAUUUGCUGGGACACGGUUUCUAAAGAGAGGAGCAAACUGUGAGGGAGAUGUAGCUAAUGAAGUAGAAACUGAACAAAUACUCUAUGAUGCUUCAGUGAUGUCAUUUUCUGCUGGAAGCUAUUCAUCUUAUGUCCAAGUGCGGGGUUCUGUCCCUCUCUAUUGGUCUCAGGACAUUUCAACAAUGAUGCCUAAGCCACCAAUCACAUUGGAUCAGGCUGACCCCUAUGCACGUGCAGCUGCUCUUCAUUUUGAUCAGAUGCUCCAGAGGUUUGGCUCCCCUAUCAUAAUUUUGAAUCUUGUAAAGGAACGUGAAAAACGGAAACAUGAAAGGAUAUUGAGUGAAGAGCUCGUUGCUGCCGUGACCUACCUCAAUCAGUUUCUACCUCCUGAACAUGCAAUUGUAUAUAUUCCAUGGGACAUGGCCAAAUAUACAAAGAGCAAACUAUGUAACGUCCUUGACAGGCUGAGCGUUAUUGCAGAAAAUGUAGUGAAGAAAACUGGGUUCUUUGUAAAUCGUCCUGCUUCCUACUGCAGUGUCUUGCGCCCAGAUGAAAAGUGGAAUGAGCUGGGAGGAAUUGUGGUUCCCACUGGCCGUUUACAGACGGGAGUUCUUCGAACAAAUUGUGUUGACUGUCUGGAUCGCACGAACACAGCCCAAUUUAUGGUUGGGAAAUGUGCUUUGGCCUAUCAGCUUUAUUCCUUAGGCCUGAUUGACAAACCCAAUCUGCUGUUUGACACAGAUGCCGUUAGAUUAUUUGAAGAAUUGUAUGAAGAUCAUGGAGAUACAUUGUCACUUCAAUAUGGUGGAUCUCAACUUGUGCAUCGAGUAAAAACCUACAGAAAAAUAGCACCUUGGACCCAGCAUUCUAAAGAUAUUAUGCAAACUCUUUCAAGAUACUAUAGUAAUGCUUUUUCAGAUGCUGACAGGCAGGAUUCAAUUAACCUGUUUCUGGGAGUAUUUCAACCAGAAGAAGGGAAGCCUCACCUCUGUGAUCUUCCUACUGAUUUUUACUUGCACCAGAAAGACACAAUGACUCUUAUCCAGGCAAGGAGAAGCUACACUUUCUGGUGGACUCCAGGUGUCCUGGAAUGCUUGCCAAUGCCUUAUGAUGAAGCAAUGUCUGUUGCUGAAAACAGAAGGAAGCUAAUAGUGAAGAAAUUUCAUAACUAUGAUGAAGAGAUUGACAUUCAUAAUGAAUUUUUUCGACCCUAUGAACUCAGCAGUUUUGAUGACACUUUUUGCCUGGCAAUGACAAAUUCAAUCAGAGAUUUUAUGCCCAAGAAUGUUGGCAUUGAUCCCAGCCCAUUUACUGUACGUAAACCUGAUGAAACUGGAAAAUCCGUUUUGGGGAACAAGAGCAAUAGAGAAGAAACGGUGCUUCAGCGCAAAACGGCUGCUAGUGCUCCACCGCCACCCAGCGAGGAGGCCGUGUCUAGCAGUUCUGAGGAUGAUUCUGGAACUGAUAAAGAAGAUGAGGGGGCUGCAUCUCAGCGUUCAACGCCAGUGAAAAUUACAGAUACGGGAGAUAAUACCAAAACAACAGAAAAUGUAGUACAGCCUAUAAAAGAUAUGUAUGGGAUUAACCUCUCAGAAUCUCCUUCUGAAGAUGAUCUUGGCAUAUACACAAGGUUUGUUCAAUUGGGGCACAGUCAACACAAGCACGACAAGAGUCACCAACUUCUUUGUUGUAAGCACUUAGAUGGGGUUAUAAACUUAACACACAUCUCUGCUUUCUCCCAAGACAACAUUUAUGAAGUCCAGCCUCCUAAAGUAGAAAGAAAAUCUAUUGAGAUAUUUCAUGCUCACAUCCAGGCUGGCAAAGGCAUCAUGCAGCCAUUGGGAAAAGAAGACAUCCUCCUGUAUCGAGAAUACAUUAGAAACAGAUACAUGUGAAGAACAACUGUUUUUGAGUCCUCUGACAGCCUGAAUCACUGAGUCACAGUGGAAAAGUAGAUAUCUCUAUUAUGUGCUUCCCUCCACCAUACGUCAGAUGGUUCAUAGCCUAUCAUGACUUUUUUGUUGUUGGUAAUUAAGUUAGAAAACAGAUACAAAUAUCCUCUCUUUAGAAACUAGAGAGAGUGCAUAUUGAUAAGACUUGUGAACUGUUCAGAUUAAUUAUGUUCUCUUUAGUUAUCUUGGGCAAAUUCCUUGGGCACUUAAGUAUAUAUAUAGGCACUUACAAUACAUAUAGCCAGCGGGGAGCAGUUGAGAAUGCUUUUCACAAUUAUGGAGUUCCUUGUGUUUGUCUAAGUCAAGGUGAGUGAACAUGGUGUCCUCAAUAUACUUUUGGACUCCAGCUCCCAUCAUCUCCAGACAGAAUGGCCAAUGGUCUGGGAUUACAAGAGUUGUAGUUCCAAAACACCUGAACGACAUCAUGUUGUCUACCCCUGGUCUAAGCAGUAUUUAUUAUGUGACUGCAAAUAGGAUGUGUUUGUAGUCAGACUGCUCUAAAAGAAAAAUAAGAUAUAAGACACAUCCAUCCAAGAUGCUUGCAGGAUGUUAUCUGACGGUAGUAUUAUAUCUGUCUACUUUAUCGAUAGCAGGAAGUGAAAACGUGCCAACAAGUUAAGUAAUCACACUGGGAAUUGAAAUGGCACUUGGCUCUUGUUCCACCCUUCUCUCUUGAGAUGUUGGCAGAGUCCCAGCAGCAUCUCUGGAAACUUUAUUGUGUGCUGCAAAGUAAUUUCUAAAACUUCCCAGAUCAGAGCUGAGUGUCAUUAAAAUUUUAUUUGAUAAAGUAGUGAUGUGUUUGGCAAUUAGGUAAUAGAGAUGAGAACUCGCCGUGGCUUGAGGCAUGGAGCAUUGCACUGAUGUGCCUAGCUGCAUAUGGAAGGAUUAUUAUUCUGGAACACUAGUAUGCUCUCAUAAGCUUCUGUAAAUUUAUAUGAAAACUGGAUUUCUAUUGGAUUCAGAAAAAAAAUGGCUUCCUAUUGUUUGAUUAGUGAGAAACUCAUGCCCCAUUCCUAAUAAGUAUCCUUUUCUUUGGCACAUAAUAAACAUUGAAGUUGUGUUGUCUCUUUGUUUAUAGGUGUCUUGCUUUGAUAUUGAGCAGUCACAUUCCACUCUAAAGUCCAGUCAGUUUGAUUCCUGCAAACAGCUAUUUACACCUGAGAAUGCCCUUUCUGUCAGAUCUUUUUUUGCUACCUAGAUCCUUCAUUGCGACAAGAAUGAGCUUCUCUUUAAAAGGUAAUUCUAGAAGAAAAGAUGAGCUGUGGAGCCAAGUAUUUCAUGCAGAGGCACUUAGACAGCCCCCUCAAGAAGGGAAGUUGGGGGAGUCACUUGCACAUGUAGGUGAAUUAAGAAGCCCCCCCCCCCUUAUUUUCCUUCAAACAUUAUUUUAUCAUGCAGCCAGCAGGCCUAGGCUUUUGGCUGGUAGCCAGCUGCCUCAUGUCAGGUAAUGGCCAAGUCAUUUGCCAAAUGCCCAUUGACAAAUAAUCAGCAAGUCUGGCUAACAGUCACAUGCUUGGUGGGAAGCAGCUGGCACACACUGACUUGCCAGUGUGUGUGAUUAUCUACUUUACAUGCAUUCUAUAUUCCACUAUCACCCUGAGUAAUUCCAUUUAAAAUAUUACUUCUGCAAGCUGUGUAUCUUUUCUGUAAGUAUAAAGCAGCGUUUUACAUUAAAAAUGCCAGCAUUAGAUCAAACAUUUGCUCUGUAAAGAGCAAGAAACAAUAAUUAUUUUUAAGGAGCACACAUCAUCUGAUGAAUUCCUAUCUAAGGUCGCAAUUCCACUUUGCCAUUGCAUCUAGUUUUAGUAGACUUAAGACAGAUUCCAUUUGUAUAGGAGUGAUUAUUAAUGAAUGGGAAAAGAUCUAUAUGCAAUUAAUCUUUUUCUACACUUCAUACUUGCUGUAACAUAAUAUGCUAAUGUUGCUCUUUCUAUAUUGGUAUGCCGUUAAAAGUUUAUUUAUAAAAAUCAUGUAUGUAUUUCACUUCUACAGGUAGCUAGCUACCUUGGUUUUUUCCCCUUAAAAUUAAAUAUUUGUACCUAUGGAUAAUUUGGUUGAUUUGCCAGACCAAGAAAAAUAAACAGGAACAGGUUGCAAAUUGCUUGUAAAAAGACAACUGAAGUGUGUGUUCUUUCAUUGGAAAGAUAAGUGGUUUUUCAUACUUAUUUUUGCACCAGAAAAUUUUUCCACAGUGCAGUGAUGCUAUGUUUCUAAAGUAUCAUUUUGCUUAGGUUAAGGUUUUAGAGAUACUUGAAAUCAGUAACUUUCACAAGAUAGUCCCAUCUCUUCAGGGCUUCUCUCUCCUUUUUGGUAAAACAGAGAGUAUUUCCCACCCCCAUUCUGUAUGCCAGCAUUUCCCUCUCAUAAAAAAUAAUGUGAAACCCAUUGGCAUGGGCCACAUCGUCAUAAUGGCUCCAGGGAAAGAAUCCCUGAUAUCUACUCAUUUU